CAAAGAGUGUCGCCCAAGACAGCACAUAGACACAUCCUUUCGCUUUUGACACACUAGCAGAGAGAGUAGUGGGAAAACACUCCAUUUUGCACACUCCUUUCCUCCAAUUCUCCCCAUAAUGUCGAUCUUUGAAUAUAAUGGCAGUGCCCUUGUGGCGAUGGUUGGGAAGAACUGCUUUGCGAUCGCCAGCGAUCGGCGGCUCGGCGUUCAGCUUCAGACAAUCGCUACCGAUUUUCAAAAGAUUUACAAGAUUCACGAUAAGCUCUUCAUUGGUCUGUCAGGUCUGGGCACCGAUGCCCAAACUCUGUAUCAAAGGCUUGUGUUCCGGCACAAGUUGUAUCAACUUCGAGAGGAGAGGGAUAUGAAGCCUGAGACUUUUGCUAGCCUUGUCUCUGCUAUUCUUUAUGAGAAAAGGUUUGGUCCCUACUUCUGCCAGCCCGUGAUUGCUGGAUUGGGUGCUGAAGACAAACCCUUCAUUUGCACAAUGGACUCUAUCGGAGCAAAGGAGCUUGCCAAAGAUUUUGUUGUUGCUGGUACUGCCUCAGAAUCCCUUUAUGGUGCCUGCGAAUCAAUGUUCAAGCCUGAUAUGGAACCUGAAGAAUUAUUUGAGACCAUCUCUCAAGCUUUGCUGUCAUCAGUGGAUCGUGACUGUUUGAGCGGUUGGGGAGGACACGUCUAUGUUGUUACACCAACUGAAGUAACGGAGAGGAUCUUGAAGGGAAGGAUGGAUUAACACCUUUUGAAAGCAAUACCAUUUGUCUACACUUCCCACUUUGAUACCCGGUUUUCUUCAGUGCCUCUUUUAGCCUGUGGAUAAUGUGGCGGUCUUUUGAGCUCGGUGACAGGAACCCCAUGAUUCUGUAGAGCGUGACAUUACUGUACGCUUCAUGUGACUUCUGAAAAAAACAAUUGUGCUUCUCGAUGGCCAUAUUUAUAUGAUUUUCGGAUGUCUUUCCUGAAUGAUAUUGGAUUGGUCGAAUGUUUAUUUAGUUGAAUCUGUUCACAAACUGUAUCAAAACUGAACUGAGCCGACUAGUAGUCGUUCUUGAAGAGUGUUCGGGUUCUAUUAGGUGUUUUUUUGACGAGUUUCAAACAUUUUGUUGAAGUUUUAUUUGUCAAUUAUUGGUCCAAGCUUGGGCUAGGUUCAAUCUCAUCAAACAAACCGAGCUUGAACUUGUUUUUGGGUUAAAG